AUGAUCUGCACGGAGUCAAGUCACCAGAGGAUUUCAUUCUCGAGUGAUCUUGGCCAAUCCGAUAAAGUACCAACACCAGUAAUAGAAUCAUCAGGCCUUAUACGAAGAGACGAAACUCUUCUUGAUUCAUCAAACUCUUUCGAGUUCCAUAUCUCAAACAACUUUGAUCCUGGAGACUCUUCACCAGCCGAUGAGAUCUUCGCAGACGGUAUGAUCCUUCCUUUCCACGUAACCGCAGCUUCCACAGCUCCAAAACGUCUCUACAAGUACGAGCUCCCUCCCAUUACCUCCUCUCUUUCUCCAUCUCCUCUCCCUCCACAGCCUUUACCAACAAAACACAUCGAGAAGGAAACCAGCGGUGCAAACUCGGACUCAGAAGCAGAGAAGUCAUCAAAGUCGUUUUGGAGUUUCAAGAGAAGCUCGAGCCUUAACUGUGAUAUAAAGAAGAGUUUGAUAUGUUCGUUUCCACGGCUAACGAGAAGCAACUCAACAGGUUCGGUUACUAAUUCUAAGAGAGCAAUGCUGAGAGAUGUUAACAGCCAUAGGCCUUCUUCUUCUGCUACUUCUUCGUCUAUCUGUUGCAAUGCGUAUCAGUUUAGGCCACAGAAGAACGCAGGAAAGAAAGGUGAAGGAGGAGGAAGCUUUUCGGUCAUUCCAGUCUUUAAUGGUCCAUCUACGUUUGGGUUGGGAUCUAUUUUACGACAUUCUAAAGAUAAGACGAAGAAGAAGAAGAACAAGAAGUAG